AUGAACACUGUUCAAGUGUUUUAUUAUAAAAAUAUUCAUAGCUUACCAAUAUCUUUAUGUCGUUAUAGACAAGCAUCAGCAAAUGAUGAUCGUGCUUCCGAAUGUUCAUCAACAGCUAGUUCUAAACCACCUAUGUAUCCUUUAACACCAACGGGUCAGAUGCGACACGGUUAUACAACUAUUGGAUUAAAACAACGUGAUUUACGAACUAAAUUACACAAAACACGAUAUGCACAAUCAUUAAGACAAACAAAUAUAUCACCAACUAUGUAUGAUUCUCCAUCAUCACGACGUACACCAACAUCAUCACCACAUCGACCACAAAUAGCAAUGCCAAUAACAUCAAAUAAAACGAAUGAAUUGAAUAAUGAACGAAGAAAUAUUGAUGAUGAUGAUGAAAAUGAUUCACUUUUUAGUGAACUACGAAUGAGCUCAAUACCGAGUAGUAAUUUUAGUCAAAAUGAUGCAAGAUUACCACCACCAGUACCAUCGAACACAACAAAUAAAAUUACUGAAUCAAAAUUGAAUGUAACAAAAAAUUCCACAUUACAAACAGCACCAACAACUUUAUCAAUAGAAGAACGUCGAGUACAAGAAUCAUUAGAGCGGCUUGAUCGACAAUUGAAAGAAGUUCAAACAAAAGUUCGAUCUAAUUCCAAUACAAGAAUACAAAAAAAUCAAAAACGAUAA